AUGGAGGAGAUAUUCAAUAGCUUUAAUGACAAAUGUGUGGCCAACGAUGACAUUGAGGGCGAGACGACUGGCACAGUGGACAAGGACUUGGGCGCAGGACGUGAGGGGUCGCGCACUGAUGAUGAGGUGGUGGUGCGCGAGGAGGAGGCCAUCAAACUGGAGGGCCUAUCGGUGUCCCAAUUGAAGCAAAUGCGAGAAUCGGCCGAAAAAAGUGAACAAAAUGAUACUGAUGAUGAGGUGGUGGUGCGCGAGGAGGAGGCCAUCAAACUGGAGGGCCUAUCGGUGUCCCAAUUGAAGCAAAUGCGAGAAUCGGCCGAAAAGUUUGCAUUUCAGGCAGAAGUGAACAAAAUGAUGAAAUUGAUUAUCAAUUCGUUGUAUCGAAACAAAGAGAUCUUCUUAAGGGAACUCAUAUCCAAUGCUUCGGACGCUUUGGACAAAAUCCGUCUCUUGUCGCUCACCGACUCGUCUGCAUUAGACUCGAUACCAGAGCUGACCAUCAGAAUAAAGGCCGACAAAGACAACAAUAUGCUUCACAUCACAGACACCGGCAUUGGAAUGACUAAACGGGAUCUGAUCACCAACUUGGGAACCAUUGCAAAGUCAGGCACUUCUGAAUUCCUGCAGAAAUUGGGCGAAACGAAAGAGAUUUCAGAAAUGAAUGAUUUGAUCGGACAGUUCGGCGUCGGCUUCUAUUCGGCAUUUUUAGUGGCGGACAAAGUGGUCGUCACCUCCAAGAACAACGACGACCCCAUUCAGCACAUCUGGGAAUCAGAUUCGGCACAAUUCACUGUCGUUGAGGACCCCCGAGGGGACACUCUUAAGAGAGGGUCUCAGAUAUCUCUGGCAUUAAAAGAAGAGGCGAAAGAUUUCUUACAAGAAGACACUCUCAGGAAUUUGAUCCGCAAAUACAGUCAAUUCAUAAACUUCAAGAUCUAUUUGUGGUCGAGUAAGACAGAGACUGUCGAAGAACCCAUCGAUGAAGACAUAGAAGUGACGACUCCUGAGGUGAGCACCGAUUCAGAAGACGAGGUGAAAGUGGAAGACGAGAAGGAGGACAAGAAACCCAAGACCAGGAAAGUGGAGAAGACUAUAUGGGAUUGGGAUCUCAUCAACAGUUCGAAGCCUAUAUGGACGCGAAAGCCCAAUGAGAUCACCGACGAUGAGUACAACGAGUUCUACAAAUCGAUUACUAAAGACUCGUCGGAACCGUUGGCCAAAACUCACUUCAUUGCUGAGGGAGAGGUGACAUUCAAGUCGUUGCUGUUUGUGCCCAAAACACAACAGUCGGACACUUUCAACAAAUACGGCACUAAAACAGAUAAUAUUAAGCUUUAUGUGCGCCGAGUGUUCAUCACCGAUGACUUCCAAGAUAUUGUUCCCAAUUACUUGAAUUUCAUGAGAGGAGUGGUAGACAGCGAUGACCUGCCCCUCAAUGUGUCGAGAGAGACACUACAACAGCACAAACUCCUGAAAGUGAUUCGCAAGAAAUUGGUCCGAAAAGCAUUGGAUAUGAUUAAGAAGAUAUCAGACGAAGACUACCAUAAGUUUUGGUCGGAAUACUCGACGAACAUUAAGUUGGGAGUGAUUGAGGACACGGCCAACAGAGUACGUCUCGCAAAGCUAUUGCGCUUCCGGUCGUCGAGUGAGGCUAAAGACAAGUGGACUUCACUAUCGGAUUAUGUGAAGCGAAUGAAGCAGAAACAGGAGCACAUCUACUACAUGGCCGGCACUUCCUAUGAGGAGGUAUCCACCUCGCCAUUCGUCGAACGCCUCCUCAAGAAAGGCUUCGAAGUGUUGUAUCUGACGGACGCUGUCGAUGAGUACACCAUCUCUGCUCUGCCGGAGUUCGAGUCCAAGAAAUUCCAAAACGUGGCCAAAGAUGGCUUGAAGCUGACGGACAGUGAGAAGUCUAAAGAGAAAGAGGAGGCGCUCGAGAAGGAAUUGGAACCGUUGACCAAAUGGCUCACUGAAGACGUGCUAAAGGACCAAAUAUCCAAAGCAAGUGUUUCUCAACGUCUACACGACUCUCCCUGUGCUCUCAUCGCUUCUCAGUUCGGUUGGACGGGAAAUAUGGAACGAUUGGCCAGAAGUAACGCUCACUCCAAGUCUCAGGACUCGAUGCGUGACUUCUAUUUAAGCCAAAAGAAGACACUCGAAGUGAACCCAAGACAUCCGCUCAUCAAAGAGCUGUUGCGAAGGAUAGAAGGAGACAGAGAGGAUCCGGUCGCCAAAAACAUGGCUCUACUUAUGUAUGAAACGGCAACUCUUAGAUCGGGUUUUAUGCUGUCCGACACCUCUUCCUUUGCACAGAGAGUGGAAUCACUUCUUAGGAAAACUCUAGGAGUGGAUGUGUCCGCACAGGUUGAGGACGAGGACGACGACGAAGACAUUGCUUUGACUAAAGAUAGCGACAAAAGCGAGAAUUUGGACGCAGAAGAAGAGGUAGAAAAGACUGAAUUCGGAGAACACGAAGAACUGUAAACACAAUUAGAUAUUAGAAAUAUUUAUCUUUAAAUAAAUUGAUUUCUUAAGGGAUUAAUAAUUAAUGAAAUUUGCAUUGAAAUCAUACAUUCAUUUGGAAAACAAUACAAACUUAUUUCUAAAGUAAUUUAAUAUUUUAUAAUUUAAUAAAAAUGUAUAAUGUUUUACAAUUUA